AGAUACCACAGUAUUGUGACUAAUAAAUCUGUAGUUGCUAUGCUGCUGUUUACUUGGAUUUUUUGGAUAAGCMUURUAGCAGCCAUGGUUGGGUUUAUUAAUCGUCUUUCUUUCUGUGGAUCUUUAGUGAUACAAAGUUUUUUCUGUGAUCAUGGACCAAUAUAUCGYCUGGCCUGUAAUGACUUUUCUUAUAGUUAUAAUAUGGCUUAUGUUGUCUUAAUUGCAGUCAUUUUUCUUCCUCCUGUACUGAUAUUUCUAACUUAUGUUUUUAUUUCUUUUGCACUGAGCAGGACUACAUCAAAGGAUCAACGACUUAAAGCACUGAAAACUUGUACUUCUCACCUGAUUCUUGUUGCUGUUUUCUUUCUACCACUGCUGGGCACCAAUAUAGCUGCUAUGACCUCCUAUAUUCAUCCAAAUGCUCGGAUUAUAAACUCCAGUUUAACUCACAUUGUUCCAUCUUUGCUUAAUCCUAUUAUAUACUCUUUAAAAACAGAAGAAGUGAUUAAUGCUUUUAAGAUGCUUUGCAAAAGAAACAAACUAAACUGUACAGUUACAAAAUGGUGAAGUUUUUAUAUUGUUAUUAGAUGUACUGUAAAUUGUCUAAUCCAAAUAGAAAUUGUAUAAUGCUGUGUUUUGUCACUGCUUUCCUGUCCUACAAAACAAAUAUGUUAAACAAAGAUUAUUAUCAGAAUAAAUACGUUCUAGCUCAUUUGUCUCAUUUAAUAUACGCUAUAUU